AUGACGUCCCCAAUAUCUCCCACUUCCACGACGAUGCCCUCGCGCGCUGCUACCGGCGUGAGCGGGCAGGCUGAGGAAGCGGUCCCCGACUUUGAUCCCAAUACCACUGUAGGACUGCUUGCCGAGCGUCUGCAGGCCUGGAAGCAUGCUUGCGGCUACCUUGAGGAUUAUGUCACGGCCGUCGAGAAGAUUCACGGCCGCCAGGCCAAGGAGUACGAGAAGGCAUUAAAGACCAUCUCCAACCCCCUCCGCGAGGGCCACCAUUUCGACCAAAGCCUGGGUGGCAUCGCGGGUUUCUUCGAAAACAUGCGCUCCAACACGCAGGCCCAGGUCAAUACUAAUAUUGAGACCGAGAAGAGCCUCAAGGGCUCGGUCUUGCCCAUCCUCGAGCGUCUCCACAAGGAAAUCAAGCACAAGGCCAAGGAGCUCCACGGCGGUGCCCACGGCAGCGCCAAGGAAGUCGAGAAGCUGCGCAAUACCACACAGAAGCACAUCGAGCUGCUCGGCCAGCAGACUGCCUCGUACGACUCUGCUGGCGGCAAGCUCCAGGCCGGUGACGAUCCCUACGUCGUCCACCGGGGCGUGAUGCACCGCCUGAGCAACCAGGUCGUUGCCGAGAACAACCACCACAACGAUCUGAUUGCCGUGCAAAACAACUUCAGAGCUUUCGAGGCGCACGUCGUCGAGGUCUUCCAGCAGGCCGUGGAGGCGUUUGCCCAGCUCGUUGGAGGCCAGGGCGAGAAGACGCGCGCCCUGUACAACGACAUGCUGGGCACUGUGCAGCGCGUCCCCGUCGACUUUGAGUGGCAGAACUUUGUGCAGCGCUGCUCCGACAGAUUGGCCAACCCGAACGAUCCGCCCCGUGCCUUGGACGCCAUCCAGUUCCCCAACAUGGAACAUCCGUCCACCAAGCCCCUGAUCGAGGGCUCCCUGGAGCGCAAGUCUCGCAACAAGCUGUCGUGGGGAUACUCGACGGGCUACUACGUCGUCACGCCGGCCAAGUGGCUUCACGGGUUCAAGGACUCGGACGAUGCUCGCGUGGAUCCCAAGCCCGAGCUCUCCGUCUUCCUGCCAGACGCAGUGGUUGGCGCCCCCAGCGGCGAAAAGUUCAACGUCAAGGGCAAGGACAAGAGCGGCACCGUGAGCUCCAAGCUCACGGGCAGCAUGGAACUCGCCUUCAAGGCCCAUUCCCCGGCCGACGCCCAGAAAUGGUUCCACGUCAUCAAGGAAGUCUGCGGAGCCACAGGCCCGGCUGAGCCAGCGUCACCUACCACCUCAUCACCUGCCGCAGCCUCGCCGGUUGCCACGACCUCGGCCGUCGGACAGGCCGGCGACGACAAGGCCGACGAUGCGCUCGAAACGAACCCAGACGCGAAGCUUUCGCCCCACGAGGACCAGCCUGGCCCUCCGCCUGCGACUGCGGCCGCAGCAGGAGGUCACAAGGCCCAAGAGGCCGGCGUGACAGGCGGUGAGGCCGUGUCAAGCUAUCCCGAUGACAAGAAGCCUCCGGUUGCAGAGUGA